GGCUCCUGGGCAGGAAUGUGCCGGGGGGUUCCGGACCCCGCCCGCCGGGGCCGCUUCCUCUUUCGGCGCUAUUUAAGCGGUUCCCGGCGCGUCCCGCCCGGCCGGGCCAUGGAGCGCAUGGAGGUGACCGAGACCUUUGCGGGCAUCGCCCUGCCCGGCCACCUCCACACCCAGGAGUCCCUCGGCUUCGCCGCCGCCUUCACCUUCCGCCCCACCGACGUGCUCAUCGCCACCUACCCCAAAUCGGGCACCACCUGGAUGCAGGAGAUUCUGACGCUGCUCUUCAGCCUUGGAGAUGCCCGCCCAGCCAAGACCAUUCCCAACUGGGAGCGGGCGCCCUGGCUGGAGCAGAUCUACUGCCGGGAGGCUCUGCGGGACACCGGGACCCGCCGGCUCCUCACCACCCACCUGCCCGCCCACGUCCUGGCCCCCGCCCUGCAGCGCAGCAAGGCCAAGGUGAUCUACGUGGCCAGGAACCCCAAAGACGUCGCUGUCUCCUUCUACCACUUCCACCACCUGGCCAAGUUCCUGCCCGACCCCAGCUCCUUCGAUGCCUUCCUGAAGCAGUUCCUCGAGGGCACAGUGCACUACGGCUCCUGGUUUGACCACGUCAAGGGCUGGCUGGGCCAGCGGCACCUCCUGGACAUCCUGUACGUCACCUACGAGGAGCUGCACCAGGACCUGCGUGGCACGGCACAGCGCCUCAGCGGCUUCCUGGGCUGCCCGCUGGCACCGGCCACGCUGGCAGCCCUGCAGCAGCACUGCAGCUUCUCUGCCAUGAGGGACAACGCCAUGGCCAACUACUCCCUCAUCCCCAUCGAGAUCAUGGACCACAGCCAGGGCCGCUUCAUGCGCAAAGGGGUGGUGGGGGACUGGCGCAGCCACUUCUCCCCCGAGCAAAAUGCUCUCUUCAACCGGCGCUACCAGGAGGAGAUGGGGGACGUGGAGCUGCCCUCGCAGUGGCCCAUGGCCUGAAGGACCCGGGCUCUGGGGGGACGCUGAGCCCUCACCUGCUGAGAACCGCAUGGAGACCCUGCAGGGACCCCCUCAGGUGCCCCAUAAAACACCCCCUGUGUCACCCCGGCACCAGGGGGUCCCACGGGGCUGGGGCGCUGGUGGGGGGCCGUGGCACCAUCCCACCUCUCUGGGGACAGGGAGCUUUUCUGGCCAUGCAUUGUGGCCAUCCCCGUGGCCUCGCUCCCCCCGGCCAGGGCCGUGACCCCCCCUUUCCGCCCAUCCCGCCCUGUGGAAAUAAAUAUUUAUUGCUGUUCCCAGGCA